AUGGCCGACUCCCUUUUGGAACAGGCCACCUCUGCUCUCGGUGAAGCCAAAGACACCGCCACAUCUGCUCUCGUUGAAGCCAAAGAAACCGCCACCUCUGCAAUCGGUGAAGCCAAAGAAACGGUCAUCGCCUCUGCUGAAACCGUCAAGCCCGAUGUUCUGAAGGAUGCAGUGGACAAUGUGGUCACAAGAGGCAUAGAUGGAGCCAAGUCUUUGUUGCACAAUUUGGAGGAGAAGAAAGAUGAAGUCUCCUCCAAGAUCAUAGGAGCAGUUUCGCAUUUUACCGGUAGCAGCGCCACAAACCGUGACUUACCAGUAUCCUCAGACAAUCAGCCACUCCUAGCGUCGGGUGAGACAACGACGCCAUGGUGGAAUGACUGUUGUGGAGUUAUUGAUCUUCUCAAGGAAUCAUCAUCAUCUACUAGAUGA